GAAGACAUCUAAUGAAGAGAGCCUGGAUGUGGAAUCUGUAAAGAAUAUCCCAAACUAGCCUGCAUUGUGCCUGCACCUCACAGAGUCAAUUUAGAGUGAAGAUUAAUGACCGCAAGACUAGAUAAAGAUGCGGAUGCUGUAGCCUGAAGCCAUGAAUGUCCAGUUGGGUUUGGAAAACAGUGAAGACAUGUCCAGCUCUGACCAAGUGCUAAUGCACAAUCAAAGUAGGAGCUUGCAUCCACCUGUCCCUCGAUCAUCGUUGGUGUCCAGCAUGACCUCCGUUUUAGAUGGCAGUGACUUCCAUCGCUCAGACCACCACCUCACUACCUCCCUCCACCCUGGACUUGGAUUUGGGGGUGAUUCCCCACCAGCAUCCGCAAAUAGCUAUACGACGUUGACCCCGCUUCAGCCCCUCCAUGAAAAGUUUCAUCACCACCAGCACCACCAGUGUGUCCCAGUUGGUAACGUGAUUGGGAGUUUUACACUCAUGAGAGAAGAUAGAGGCCUGGGUCCUCCAGGCAAUUUUUAUAGCCACUAUCCCAAAGAUAUAUCCAUGGGUCAGAGUCUAACAUCCAUACCUAGCCCAAACCUUACAAGCAUGCAUAGUUAUGGCCAUCACUCGGGACACUUGGGUAAUGAAAAGAUGGUCACGGGCAAUGGCUUUGAAGGCCACCACUCCAUGUUUAGCAGAAUCGAUCAGCACUUUUCCAGAGAGUUAUCUCCACCUCCAAAUUCAGGUGUGGGGUCACCAAACUCCAUGCACCAACAUCCUUAUGCCCAUCACAGAGCCGAGUUAAACUGUAGGCAAAACCCCCAAAUGCCAACUCAAAGCACGGCCCUUUCAAGUCAGUUGGAGGAAAUUAAUACCAAAGAUGUAGCCCAAAGAAUCAUAGCUGAACUGAAAAGAUACAGUAUUCCACAGGCAAUCUUUGCAGAGAGAGUUUUGUGUAGGUCACAAGGCACUCUCUCAGACCUUCUGAGGAAUCCCAAGCCCUGGAGCAAGCUCAAGUCCGGGAGAGAGACCUUCAAGAGAAUGUGGCGGUGGCUUCAGGAACCAGAGUUCCAAAGAAUGGCAGCUUUAAGGUUAGAAGCCUGCAAAAGGAAAGAGCAAGAACAAAGCAAAGUCGAAAGAAAUCACGUGCCUAAACGGCACCGGCUUGUGUUCACCGAUAUCCAGCGCCGUACGCUACAUGCCAUCUUUCACGAAAACCAGCGCCCCUCCAAGGAAUUGCAGAUCACCAUCGCCCAGCAACUGGGCUUAGAACUUUCCACCGUAAGCAACUUCUUCAUGAACGCCCGCCGGAGAAGUCUGGACAAGUGGAUGGAAGAGGGUCACGGACACCCCUCAUCUUCGGGAUCUUUGUCUUCUAAGGGUGGUUCAGCGAUCGCUUGUACCAAAGCAUGAUUCGUAGACUGUAAGGCUAUCAACCAAAGAUAGGAGCAGAGAAGCCGCACCUUCACCAGUUCUCCAUUACAGACACAGAUUCGUAAACACGUAUACAUGAAGUGUGAUCAAGAAGUGACUUACAGGAGGUACGAGUGAAUGGCUACCUGUCUCCGACACCUGUCAUUUUCAGACACCUGUCCGAUACCUCUUUAAAUCUGGAUUCAGACUUGUUCAUGUUUGUUCGUAA